GGUCGAUCGGGUAGGCGACCCGAGAGUGGCGUGUCGGUCUGGUAAAUGCAUGCAAGACUGGGCAGUACGCAAACUGACGCGCUUAAUUGCGCAAGGUGGCCGGCUCACUGCUACCGUUCAGGCGAAGGAGUAUCAUAUUACGGCUUGGAAUUAUAGCUGUACUAAACAAUGAACAAUUUACCAGUUCCUAAGACAACGGCCCCUGAUUCCGGUCCGACUGAUGCUUUUGACAUGGGACUAUAUAAGUCACAACCGACUGCACUCAAUUUGACACGAAACAUCAUUCCCGAAGACUCCGUGUGGAAUUCGACUCCAAUGAUGUGUGGCACAGGCAACAUUGGCGAUACAGAGAAACCCGCAGAUGGCAUGGUUCUCGAGAUCGAGAUGGACGAAAUCCGGCCCAUUACUCCUCCGGACGGUGGUUGGGGAUGGUUUAUUGUGUUGGGUAGCUUCAUGUGCAUGUUUCUGGUGGAUGGCGUGUGCUUCUCCUACGGUAUCUUUCUCAGCGAGCUUGAGGCCACUUUCGGGGCCUCAAAGAUGCAAAUGACCUUAGCUGGCUCAUUGCUGACGGGAUGCUAUUUCAUGGUUGGUCCUCUUGUCAGCGGAUUGAUGAAUCGAUUUGGGGCACGAAAAUUGGUAGUGAUCGGCUCAAUCGUCUCCUCUGCGGCCAUUUUCUGCAGCAGCUUUGCCACCAAUGUGAACACCUUCAUUGGAUUGUUCGGUGUGAUUGGCGGCAUCGGUUACGGUCUACUGUACCUUCCGGCGGCCACAAUUGUGACCUCUUGGUUUUUGAAAAAACGCGCCACAGUCACCGGAAUUGUUAUGGCUGGCAGCAGCAUCGGUGUCACCUUCUACAGCAUCGCCAUCCCUCAUCUAAUCUCUUGGUUCACCUGGCGUGGAUGCAUUCUCAUUCUCUCCGCGAUGAAUCUGAACGCCGCAGUCGCUGGAGUUCUUUUCCGCCCACUGUCUUCCGUCUAUCCACAAAGUACCAAGGAGAAGAGGAAGCAUGGAGCCGACGGAUUGGCAUCCCCCCUCGUCACUUCCGAAUUGGGUGGCCAGUUUGACACGAAGGCAACUGCUCGGUUCAACGACCCAUCGCAGGUAGCAGAGGUGCAACGAAGAGCCAGUGUCCAGGUGAGUUCUUUUCCCCCUUAUUGCACUCCACGUUACAUGCAUCUAAUAUGUAAUGCGAUCACUUCACACGGCAAUCAACUGGUCCCAGUCCCCGAAGGAUCCACUCUGACAAUCAGCGCCGCGGACCACUUUCCGCUGAUGAGCGUCGAGACGGUGAACCUCAUUGUCGAAGACGUACUCAACCGUCAACCCUUCGUGUCCGCAACUAGCUUAGCGAUAUCGGACAAAGGGCAGGUGGUUCGAAAACCGUCUAAUUUCAUCGGGGGGAGUUCGCGCUGGUUAUCGUCCACAGCUUCUCAGCUGAGCAGUCAGCAAGUGACAGUCCGACCGACGGAUAAGGCUGUCGUCUACUUGAAGCCGGAUAACACUGGAAGUACUCUGUUCUUUGCCUCAGCGCUUUCGCUACGGGCUGGCACAGAUGCCGCCGCUGGCCCGAUCGACGAGUCUGCCGUGCGUGGAGCGAUCAUCAAGGAAUUACGCAAAGAGGUCUCCCGCCCGGUGCAUCGGAAAGACUUAUUUUUGAGCGGAAGUGUGUUUCAAUUGGACGAGUAUCUUGCAAGUCCGACGGCGGAUACCUACAUCCGGACGGUGACAGCGCAGGCGGAGGAAGUUCAGGCACGAAAUCCCAUCAUGGCCAUGCUGCGUAGCAUGUUUGGACUUAGCCUUCUACGCAGUCCCUCCUUCCAGUUACUAAACGUGUCCGGUGUCAUCACAGUGGUUGGUUACAUCGUUCCUUAUCAGUUUCUGAAAGACAACGCACAAGUUCAUGGUUAUGGCGAAAAGGAGUCAGCGUAUCUACUGGCUUAUCUUGGCGUUCUCAACACUAUUAGCCGUCUGGUAUCCGGUUGGUUUUCUGAUCAACCCUGGACUGACGUGCUCGUGAUAAACAAUGUAGCUCUGGUGCUCUCAGGUAUCGCCACCGCAAUGGUGCCCCUGUUCACUACUUACGCUGGGAUGCUGUCGUACGCUUGUUUUUUCGGAUUUGUGGUCGCCGCAUUUAUCGUUGUACGUACCAUAUUGACCGUGAAGAUACUUGGAUUGGAUCGUCUCACAAAUGCAUUCGGCUUCUUCCUACUCUUCCAGGGACUGGCCAUUGUCGGUGCCCCUCCAUUGUUGAGUUCUCUCUAUGAUACGUUUCGCACCUUUGACUACACUUUCAUCUUUGGUGGGCUGGCUCUUUUUGUUUCCGGUGUCAUAUGCUUCCCGUUGGGCGCGGUGGCCCGAUGGGAGCAUCGGAAAGAAAUUGGCAUGACCGGAGCGGAUGACUUGGAGAAUCUUGGCAAAGGCCCAUUCGCAUUGACAAAGUUGGUUCGCCGAAUGAGGGAUUUCUUCUCGCGGCGGCGGUAUUCGCGCAACCAUGUUGAUUACGACUACACUGGUAGCGUGGACUACGAUGAAACUUGCGAUUCCAGGGUUAUGCGAAACGACAAGGCACCUUGACUCGCCCUUCAGAUCAUCCGUUUAUAUUCCUCAUCCUCUCCUCUAAACUAUGCGCCGUCUCCGAUUCCGAAACCCACACCCACACAUGCACAGAUUCCCAUCAUUAAUAAUACUUGCUUCACCCUGUCGUCCACUUCAACUGUCCCACAAAAUUGCGCUUCAGACACUCUGUGACCGCGUUCACGAGCUGACCUCCCUCACACCUCACUUCACUUUGUCAAACAGAGCCUCUUUCAACUAUUGUCACUACCACUCCCACCGAGCGCUCUAAGUGUGAGCUAUUGGCUCUCCCCGGUCUCAUCAACAGCCGUUUCCUUCUUAUCGACUGUUGUUUUUGACGAAAUCUCGAUACAGGAUGAAAUGUUUCCGUCUCAGUAGUUAUCAUCCAUCCAUUUAUAUCUCAAUAUUGUCAGAGUGUAAAAAGUACUUUGUAUUGUCCCACUGGGUAUCCAUCUUCCUGUCCUUCCGUGAGAAUGAGGCCUGCCUGAUACCCAUGUACUGAUUAAAGAAACUGAUUGGCAUCUGAAUGAUCGCUAGUUCAGUCUUAUUGUUCAGCAUGCACCUCUUAUUACGGCAUACGGUACAUUCAGAUUGGCAUUUGGAUCUCAAUAUGGAACAUUUAAUCGUGUGUUUAUGUACUUGUGCGUCCUGUUAGACCAUCCCAUCAGUCCACUUAUCAUUCUUGCCAAAUCUUUGUGGCCGACUGUAUGGAUUUCCUCCCACCCAGCCAAGUCAAGGUAAGCCGGACAGUAUCGUGGUUACUUCACCGCUGGGUUCGUCAUUCGGCUUUGAUCUUCUCUCAGAAACCAAAUCUCAUCAUACGGCACCAUACGGACAGACAAUUUCGAAAAUUGGGGUGAAUGUGAAUGCAAUACGCAAACUAUUCAAUUACUCUAACAGUGAAUGAAAAUUUUACUGUUUCCCAAUAACAAAUGAGGUUUUUUAACGGUUUC